UGUAUGAUCUCUAUACAUCCAAAUUUUUAAUUCACUUAGUGCACACACGUCCAUCGAGAACGGCUGAAAGCCUGAAACUAUGUCUUGUCUUUUUGUAACCCAAAUACAUACAAAAGUCGUGCUGAUUUUUUUUUUUUAGCUGGAAAUGCUUUCAGGACCAUGCCAUGUGGGUGGGAGAAUAGAGAUCCAUAAAUUAAGUUAGAAUAAUUUAGAAAUGAAAACUCUGUGUGUGGUUUUUUUAGAGUGAACAACCAUAAACACUCCCAAAGAAAAUUCAAAGUCAUCAGAGGAAGAACAAGAAAAAAAAGAAGUGAAACUUAUAUUUUGUAAAAUCUGCCGGCCGUGGCCGUGGGGGGACAACUUUAAGAAUCUAGGGCUAUGUGGCCUCUCUGUAUCUCAAAAAGGUAUUGGAUCAUGAUCAUGAACAUAAUAUAGUGGUGGUUGAAUUUAAACAAACAUGUACGUAUAAUAACACCUACUAAUAUACCAUUAUUUAGCUGAAACCUGAGCCCAGUAGUCAAUAACUAAAAUAAGUUAUCUAGACCUUAAUUUUAUACUAGGUGGGUUUGUAUAUACAUGGCAAUAAUAAGACCACUUCGCCAUGGGUCAUCAUCAAGGUUGCGACCACUACCACGAAAGUUCCAUCUCAUACUAAUAAUGAUACUUGUCUCUAUUUUUGUGGUUACUAUUAUAUUGACUCACGGCCAGAAAAUCUCAUACUUUUUCCGUCCGAUGUGGGACCAUCCACCACCACCAUUCAUUCACAUACCACAUUACUACGCAGAAAAUGUUUCAAUGGACCACCUCUGUCACCUCCACGGCUGGUCCCUCCUACCAAAACCCCGCCGCAUAUUCGAUGCCAUCAUCUUCAGCAACGAGCUAGACUUGCUCGAAAUCCGGUACGGCGAGCUCUUACCAUACGUAACAAAAUUCCUAAUCCUCGAGUCCAAAACAACCUUCACAGGCAUCCCAAAACCUCUUUUCUUCUCUUUAAACCGGUCUCGUUUCGCCUUUGCGAAAAAGAAGAUUGUCCAUGAUGUGUUCUCUGGAGAAAUUGCAACCCCGGGUUCAAACAAGGACCCCUUUGAUUUGGAGAGAAAGCAACGAAUAGCAAUGGACUCUUUAGUUAGUAAAUCAGGGAUUUCUUAUGGUGAUAUCAUUAUAAUGUCGGAUACUGAUGAAAUCCCAAGUGCUAACACUCUUAAAAUUCUCCAAUGGUGUGAUGGUGUGCCACCAAUUAUGCAUCUUGAAUUGAAGAAUUACAUGUAUUCUUUUGAGUUUCCUGUUGACUACAGUAGCUGGCGAGCCACGGCUCACAUCUAUGCUGGCCCUUAUAUCAGCAGCUAUCGCCAUUCUCGCCAAACAGAUUACAUAUUUUCGGAUGCAGGGUGGCAUUGCAGCUUCUGCUUUCGGUUCAUUACAGAUUUUGGGUUUAAAAUGACUGGUUAUAGCCAUGCAGACCGUGUGAGACGUAAGAAGUUCUUGGACCAAAGGAGAAUUCAAAAACUUAUAUGUGAAGGUGAUGAUCUUUUUGACAUGUUGCCAGAAGAGUAUAGCUUUAAGGAAUUGAUAACCAAAAUGGGAUCAAUUCCCCGGUCCAGUUCUGCUGUUCAUCUUCCUACGUUUUUGAUUAAAAAUGCUGAUAAGUUUAGGUUUCUUCUACCUGGAGGCUGUUUGAGAGAGCCUAAUUAAAUUACACAUUUUUAUAGAUUUUUGCCAAUUUAUACAAAAAUAUAGUUUUUUUUUUUUUUUUUAAAAAAAAAAAGUUAUAUUAUUUGAAAAAAAAAAUUAAAAAAUAUGACCAAAGCACAAACUGGUUACCUAAACUUUUUUAAUUUUUCUCGCAAAAUAAUUUCUUCAAAAAAUAAAAGUUAUAUUUUUGUAAACAUUGUAAAAAAAACUCAUAAAAAUAAAAAUUUCUUGAUGCCGUUUAUUCCA